AUGUUUAAGUUCACCAAUAUUUCCCCUAAAACUCUAGGGAAGACCAUCUCCAAAAGAUUUGUAUCAACGUCCGAGUUUAUCAAAGCGCAUACACCAUACCAGGUCACCACAUAUUCCAGACCAGAAUUGGUACUCACAUCUGCCAAAGGCUCCCAUCUCUAUGACCUUGAUCAAAAAAAAUACAUUGAUUUCACUUCUGGAAUUGCGGUUGUUUCACUAGGUCAUUCAGAUCCAGAAAUUUCUAAAAUUUUAUACGAACAAUCAUCAACAUUGAUGCAUAGUUCCAAUUUGUACCACAAUCCAUGGACUUUAGAGCUAGGAAAGCAACUAGUUGAUAAGACUAAAAAGUUCAAUGGUAUGCAUGAUGCGGCUCGUGUUUUUCUUUGUAAUUCAGGUACUGAGGCAAACGAAGCUGCUUUGAAAUUUGCCAGGAAACACGGUAAAUCAAUCAGUGACUCCAAAACUGAAUUCAUUACUUUCAAAACUUCGUUCCACGGCAGGACUAUGGGCGCAUUAUCAGUUACUCCAAACCCAAAAUACCAAGCCCCAUAUGCGCCUCUUAUCCCUGGUGUUUCUGUUGCCACUCCAAAUGAUAUAGAAUCAGUUAAAAAAUUGAUUACCAAGAAUACCUGUGGUGUUAUAAUUGAGCCAAUUCAGGGUGAAGGUGGUGUGCAUCCGAUGAAUCCUGAGUUUCUCGUUGAGUUGAAGAGCUUAUGUAAGGAACAUGAUGCAUUGCUAAUUUAUGACGAAAUUCAAUGCGGUUUGGGUAGAACAGGCUCAUUAUGGGCACACUCCAAACUACCAAAAGAAGCGCAUCCUGAUGUUCUGACAAUGGCUAAAGCUUUAGGUAAUGGUUUCCCUAUUGGUGCAACCAUGAUUACUGAAGAAGUGGAGAAAGUCCUAAAAGUUGGUGAUCAUGGUACUACUUUCGGCGGAAAUCCACUCGGCUCAAGAAUAGGCUGUCAUGUUUUGAACAGAAUUGCAGAUAAUGUCUUUUUAUCUAAUGUUAAUGAGAAGAGUACUUUACUUAAGUCUUUAUUAUGUGGAUUAAAGGAGAAAUACAGCGGACACAUUGUAGAUGUUAGAGGUCAGGGUUUGAUUUUAGGACUUGAAUGUAAAGAAGAUCCAUCACCUAUUGUUGAAAAGGCAAGGGAACUAGGUUUACUUAUUAUUACUGCUGGUGGUAAUGUCAUUAGGUUUGUCCCACCGCUUACAAUUGAAAAUGAAACCUUGGAAGAAGGUGUUCGUAUUUUGGAUGAGGCAUUUGCAGCUACUCUAAAGAAAUGA